CUCUCGGUGUACACUCGCUAAAGAGAUCGGCCGAACAACAGUAAUUACACGUACUUGCAUAUACGUACGCGUCGGAUCGGCACAGGCCGGCACGAUUCUCGGGUCCCAGGUGAACCGCAGGCCAGAGGACGAGCCGACGGAAGCCGGUGGUGGCAGCAGCGCGUUCGCGGCCGCGGUUUUCAAAUACAUGUGGACCGUGCUGCUGAUCAGCUUCAUCGGCAAGACGAUCCUGAGGAAGCUCCGGAGGUUCGACCGCAUCUACGCCGAGGGCAUGAGGUUCGCCAGUACCGGCAGCCAGAGGAUCAAGUUUCACGGCUGAGCCGCGGGCCCAGGAUGACGAGCCCCGACGACGAGUCCAAUUGAACCUGCGCGUUUUUCGCGACUGUGACUUUCGAUUACAGCCGAGAGAGAAAGAGAGAAAGAGUGCGCGCCCGCGCGCGCGCGUGUGUGUGUGUGGAUGAUCGCGGGUGCGCGGAGGAGAGGAGGCCAAGUAGCGAGUGUGCUGUCGAAGGCUCGCUCGAUCGAUCGCCGAGGAAGCUUCCUCUUUCUUUCCUCUAUUCUUCUCGUCUCCCCAGAGGCCGACCGCGUACAGUAGCUAGAAAUCAACCGGCGCGACGAAGAAGCGGCGCUGCACCGAGGAGUUUUCGGGUGCCCUGGGGUGGUGCGAUCGAAACCCCGCGCGGACAUGUGAGUAAAUGGCCGUGGAGGGAUCGAGCCACCCUUCCAACGACCUACUAUGGGCAUCUGCCUGGACACAGAUCAACAAGAUGGAUCGCAGGUGUUCGAAGAGGCCGGUGCUCAGAACCGAGACAAAUGGAGCAGAGAGGAGGGCAUUUUGGCGACCCCGCCCGGGGGCAAGUUCCCCAUGCAGAACGCCGGCCAGGUCAAAUUCGAGCCUCCCACGGUCCCGGUUAUUUUCGUACUCGGAGGUCCUGGCAGUGGUAAGGUGACACAUUGCGACAACCUGACGCAGGAGAAGAAGGGUAUAGUUCACAUCAACAUGACGGACCUCCUGCAGCAGUAUGCGCUGGGCAACGAUAUGCAGGACUUUGGCGUGCUCAGCAGCAAGACCGUGACGGAGGUCCUCAUGCUCGAAAUGAAAAUGUCUCUAGGGGCCAAAACGUUCCUCGUGAGCGGUUAUCCGAGGAACAUGCGCGACGUCGUGGAGUACUCCGAAAAGAUCCAAAUCGUCAAUGGAGUGAUCCUGGUCGCUUGGAAGCAGGAAGUGCUCGAGAGGCAGAUCGAUUACGGAGCACAGCUCGGCCAAGUGAUAAUCGAAUUAGCGAGAAUGGAACUGCAGAAUUUUUAUAAGAACGUCAUGCCAGUCGCCGAGUAUUUCGACCAGAGCGAAAUGUUGCUGGUGGUGAACGGCGAGCGAAAUCCGUCGGAGGUGUACGUGGACUUUCGCGAAUCGGUAAUGCGGAUACUGGGCCUCAGCGAGGAGAGCGAGGCCCCAGAAAGGCAAGUCUCGAGCUCGAUGGAAGCGGAAGUGGAAGUCGAGCGGGACCAGGACGGCGAGCUGGCGACGAGUCCCGGACCGGCGGACGAGCACUUGCUCAGCGCGGCCCAGCCACCGACCCUCAUAGGCGACGAGAUACUCCCCUCCAAGACGGCGGACAUGACCAGGAGAGGCUUGCCGCCCGUCGUCUGGGUCUUGGGUGGCCCGGGAAGCAACAAGGCGAUGGUCUGCAGCCAAGCCAUAAGGAAGAUGUCGAACUGGCUGCACCUGAGCAUGGGAAGUCUGCUGGUCAGGCUGGCCGCCAGCAAUCCGAAGGUUCGCGAAGCUCUCGUGCUCGGCGAACACGUGCCAACGGACCUGAUCAUGCGGCUGCUCGAGCAACAGAUUGUCCAGAAUCGCGACUGCAACGGCAUCGUCAUCGACGGCUUCCCCAGGGACACGAGGCAAGCUCGAGAUUUCGAGAACAAGUUUGGCCAGAGGCCGGAGAUGCUACUGCUGGACGUGUCCAAACAGCAGCUGGGCAGGGGUCGACUGUACGACGGCGUGGAGGCCUUCGGGCGCCGACUGGAACUCUUCCGGGAGCUCUCGCUGCCGAUGCUCAAGAGUCUGGACAACCAGGCCCGGCUGAGCAUCGUCGACGGCGACACGGAGCUGCCCGUGGACAGGCAGCAGUUCGCCUCGGCGCUGCUGCAGCUCAUGCGACGGGCGGCGCGAAACGAGGACGACCCCAACAGGAUCAGCGUCCUGCAGUCCGAGCCCGAGGACGAGGACGUGCCCAAGGUGUCGGCCGGCAGGCGGAAGCCCGCCGCCAACGGACUGGCCAAGCCCGUCGGCAACGGAGUCAACCACAGGGCCAACAACGAGGUCAUCAUGGGCAACGGCGUUGCAGGUGGCCGCAAGCUUCCCCUGGCCAACGGUCACGGACCCCUCAAGAACGCCGCGCGGAAGGUCGUCGACGACAACCGUCAGCAGCAGAACGGCCACCAACCGAAGCCUGCGGUGCAACAGCACCAACAGCACCAACAGCAGCAGCAAAAGCGCCAAGCGAACGGAGGUCCGCACCUGCUGCAGAACGGCGUCGCGAGAAUGGCCAACGGUUUCCUGCCGACGACGACGAACAACCGGGUCGCGCCGGCCCGACAACCCCGACAACGCCAGAACGGCGUGGCGACCAUUGGUGUCGACCCGAUCCGGCGUAUGUACAACGAGGUCGAGGGCGGUUACGACAGCUACCCGCCCGCGAACCUGCACAUCUAGCUACUGUGUAUUCUUAUCUUGUACCAUAAGUGGAUCGCGCGUAUACGUGUGCUACCGCGAGUUACGGACGAUUUAUACCCACGAGGACAGUGCGAGAUAGGUGUUGAGAACUUAGCCGGAGUUUGUGUCGAACACUUGAAGGCGAAAUCGUUCUGGCCCAUUGAAUGUGUUUUUAAGUUUGGUCUUAUGUGCAGCUCAGUUAUGAAGAUAGUUUAGAUCAAACAGAGUAGUCGCGAUCAGUAUUAAACACGUACUUUCCUUUCAUUUUUGGCAAUACUGAAAUUAUCAUUUUGUAAGGCUAUGAAAUUUUUACUUAAACGCAAUAAGGAAUGUCAUGAUAGAAGAGAGGUAGAGCAGUUUUCGUAGGCAAUGUAAUUGGAUAAUUUUAAACACAAUUUUAGGGGAUAAGUUAGCUCUUAAGAUGUAAAGAAAAUCGUGGAUUUCUUAAUUUCGAGAGGCAAGGAAUUUGAAAUUUAAACUAAUUUGAGGAUGGUGAUUUUGAAAAUUAUUGGACGAAGAAUGUAAUUGUGUUUUCUCGAGAUUAGAUAUCGCGCGUCUAACCGAUAGACUGUUUUCUAUAAAUAAGAAUGAUGUCAAAGUAAGCGAAGAAUAAAUAAUCCCUAGCUAUAUCGUGAGAUGCGAAAACUCGCAAAAUCUUUUAGAUGUAAGACGAUUAAUUUAAGGAAACGAAAUAAGUAAAAAGUGUAAAUAAUCGCGAACAGAUGUAUACGGUCAAAUCGUUGCAUCGAAUCGCGAUGCUGAAAUAAGAAACAUAAUUGCGUACUUUAACAAGAGAAGUUGAUCCACUUUCGUAAUCAUUAUCGAUAAAUUCUUUGAACGAAUGCCGCAAUUUUAAAUGAGGAUUGAAGGCAUAUCUCAUAAUUAAAACAUUACCCACUGAACAAACAAAUUCGAUAACUACGAAAAUAACUUUCCCAUCGUGCGUAGUUAUAGGCUGUUGUUAAUCCAAGCAGUAAAGUUAACAUUUCCAAAAAAUCGAUUACUUGGAAUUCUGAAACACGCCAACGUACGUUACUCUAUCAUUCGUACAAGUCUAUCGUUGCGUCGAUAAUCGAUUACUGAGAACUCUUCUUUUGUAUUAGUCAGAGUCACCGUAUUCGUUGUUUUGUUUCCGUUAAAAUUAAAUUUUGCACCACCAGUUGUAACUAAUGCGUUUAAACUUAAGAGUUUCGAUCUGUUGAAUAGAAAACUGAGUACAAAUAACGGAAAACUUUUUAAUCUGCGCGCGUAUAAGUGAAAGAGAAAUCCAAACAAGCAGAGAAGAAAGAGCAUUUGAUAGUUUUAAAAUGCGUUUAAUUUUUAUACAUUAUACAAAACGAAGCAAAAGUUCUUGCGCCUAAAAUCCAAUAAAAUACCGAUCCGCUGGCGGGUUUUUACUCUAUAUAAGGUUUAUACAUUUGAAAAAUACUAAAACACUACAAUAAUGCGCCUACAAUCGAAAACACGAUUACAGCAUGAAAAGAAAAAGUGCGACAGAGGUAAACGUAUACGUAUAUUUUUUUGAAAAAUGUUUAUUCCAUUACCAUAGAUCCAUAUUGCAUUACAUAAGAACAUAACGUCGCAGAGACAAGAACAUUCUUAAAAUAUCCCGUUAUAUAAUUAUAUUAUUUUAUUAUUUCAUUAUUUUUAAUUGAAAAUACCGUUAGAAAUGCAAUAAAAUAGGUAUAAAGUUAUUUGCGUAUUAAAUAAUAAUAAUGAUACUUGUUUACGUUUUUUAAAGAUCAAAGAAUCUUCUGAAAUUGCUCGACUAUAUCCUUAGAAUACAAGGCAGAUUCGUAAAGAUAAGUAUUUUUUAAAAUUUCCUUGAAAAUAGUGCCUUACGGUCUUUGAUCUUUAGAAUAUUUUUUGCAAGUUCUCAUUAAGAUAUAUAUAUAUAUUUAAUGUAUAUUUAUUCUAUAUAUAGUAAUACCGACUAAUUAAUUUAAUGCGUUUCCGUCAAAUACGAAAAUACGAAUUUUAAUGUCUUCUUAUAUUAUCAACAAUUCCUAUAUUACAUUCCUGUCACUAAAAGAAUAUUACCUCCAAGACGUUUACGAUUAUUUAAUACAUCUCAUGACGAGUAAAGUAACGUAUACAAUACAUGUUCAUGUUUUAUGAUAAAUUUUAUUCUGUAUGCGAAAUAUCGAGCAAGUUACGUAUUCAUAUUUAAUCCCCGUUGUUUUAUAUAUAUUAUUGAUAAUCUGUUAAAAGUUAAGAGAGAUCGAGCGUUUCGAGCGAUUUUACGUUUAGUUCAAUGUUGAAUGUACAGAAUCAACUAGAAUGCAAUAAUAAAUAACCUCUACACUGA